ACGUUGGCGCGGGCUGCACCGCCGCGUCCGCCCGCCUGCCAGCAUGGCCACCACCGCCACCUGCACCCGCUUCACCGACGACUACCAGCUCUUCGAGGAGCUCGGCAAGGGUGCUUUCUCUGUGGUCCGCAGGUGUGUGAAGAAAACCUCCACGCAAGAGUAUGCUGCAAAAAUCAUCAAUACCAAGAAGUUGUCUGCCCGGGAUCACCAGAAACUAGAACGUGAAGCUCGAAUAUGCCGACUUUUGAAGCAUCCAAAUAUUGUGCGCCUCCAUGACAGUAUUUCUGAAGAAGGGUUUCACUACCUCGUGUUUGACCUUGUUACUGGCGGAGAACUGUUUGAAGACAUCGUGGCCAGAGAGUACUACAGCGAAGCUGAUGCCAGUCACUGUAUACAUCAGAUUCUGGAGAGUGUUAACCAUAUCCACCAGCAUGACAUUGUCCACAGAGACCUGAAGCCUGAGAACCUGCUACUGGCAAGUAAAUGCAAGGGCGCUGCUGUCAAGCUGGCAGAUUUUGGCCUAGCCAUCGAAGUGCAGGGAGAACAGCAGGCUUGGUUUGGUUUUGCUGGCACCCCAGGUUACUUGUCCCCUGAGGUCUUGAGGAAAGAUCCUUAUGGAAAGCCCGUGGACAUAUGGGCCUGCGGGGUCAUCCUGUAUAUCCUCCUGGUGGGAUACCCUCCCUUCUGGGACGAGGAUCAGCACAAGCUGUAUCAGCAGAUCAAGGCUGGAGCCUAUGAUUUUCCAUCACCAGAGUGGGACACGGUAACUCCUGAAGCCAAGAACUUGAUCAACCAGAUGCUGACCAUCAACCCAGCAAAGCGCAUCACAGCUGACCAGGCUCUCAAGCACCCAUGGGUCUGCCAACGAUCCACUGUGGCGUCUAUGAUGCAUCGGCAGGAGACUGUAGAAUGCUUGCGCAAGUUCAAUGCCCGAAGAAAACUGAAGGGUGCCAUCCUCACCACCAUGCUUGUCUCCAGGAAUUUCUCAGCUGCCAAAAGCCUAUUGAACAAGAAAUCAGAUGGCGGUGUUAAGCCACAGAGCAACAACAAAAACAGUCUCGUAAACCCAGCCCAAGAGCCCGCGCCCUUGCAGACGGCCAUGGAGCCACAAACCACUGUGGUGCACAAUGCUACAGACGGGAUCAAGGGUUCCACAGAGAGCUGCAAUACCACCACCGAAGAUGAGGACCUUAAAGCUGCCCCGCUCCGCACUGGGAAUGGCAGCUCGGUGCCUGAAGGACGGAGCACCCGGGACAGAACAGCCCCCUCUGCAGGCAUGCAGCCCCAGCCUUCUCUCUGCUCCUCAGCCAUGCGAAAACAGGAGAUCAUUAAGAUCACAGAACAGCUGAUUGAAGCCAUCAACAAUGGGGACUUUGAGGCCUACACGAAGAUCUGUGAUCCUGGCCUCACUUCCUUUGAGCCUGAGGCCCUUGGCAAUCUGGUGGAAGGGAUGGAUUUCCAUAAGUUUUACUUUGAGAAUCUCCUCUCCAAGAACAGCAAGCCCAUCCACACCACCAUCCUGAACCCGCACGUUCACGUAAUCGGGGAGGAUGCUGCUUGCAUCGCCUACAUCCGCCUCACCCAGUACAUCGACGGGCAGGGCCGGCCUCGCACCAGCCAGUCGGAGGAGACUCGGGUCUGGCACCGCCGGGAUGGCAAGUGGCUCAAUGUCCACUAUCACUGCUCAGGGGCCCCUGCCGCACCGCUGCAGUGAGCUCAGCCACAGGGGCAUUAGGAGAUCCCAGCUGGAAGUCGAACCUUCGCAGCCAGUGGCUCUGGAGGGCCUGAGUGACAGCGGCAGUCCUGUUCGUUUGAGGUUUAAAACAAUUAAAUUACAAAGCGGCAGCAGCCAAUGCACGCCCCUGCAUGCAGCCCUCCCGCCCGCCCUUCGUGUCUGUCUCUGCUGUACUGAGGUGUUUUUUACAUUUAAG